UAACAGGCAAUUGAAACGUAUAUUGUUCAGUAAUGAUCUGAUCAUGAAAUGGAUGGAAUGUCGGUUUUCGAUAUGAUAAAUAUACAUUAGAUUAGUCAUAUACUGUUACGUGUACACACACAUUCACACCUACACACACACACACAACAUAUUUACAUAUAUACGUAUAUGCAUACACAAAUAGACAGAUCCUUUGAGAAUCGUAGACUUAAUGCCAACAGACUAUAUAUAUAUAUAUAUAUAUAUAUAUAUAUGUACAUUCAUAGACUAACGUAUACUUACCGAAUUCAUGGAAAAUAAAAGUCAUAGGAAGGACAAUAACAACAACAACAACAACGACAGCAGCACCAACAACUAGAACAACAACAACAACUCGUUUACUGAUUGGUCAGUUUGAGAGUAAGAAAAAAAAAGAAGAAGAAAUUACGAAGAAGAAUAAGAAUAAGAAUUGAUUAUAACCAAUACCAAUUGUGUAUUUAACUCGUUUUAUUCAAUAUAGUCAAUAUUGAAUAUAUCAAAUAAAUAAACAAUUAUUUAUUCAUUUGACAAAAUAAAUCUACACAUAGUAACAAUCAAAUUAAAGUCAACAUUGUAUACCAUUGAACAUUAAGAACAUUGGGUGAUCAGUUUUAUAUCGUUUCUAUAAAUAUACACUUUGAAGUAAUUCAUUUGUAAAUUGGAUGAUAAAAUAUGCCUUCACCUACAACACAAUCAGUCAAUGUCGAUAAUGGUUCGAAAUGUGAUGAUGUCUUGAAUAAUGGCAAUGAUAUUGAAUUCUUGAAAAAACAUUUACCACAUGUGGAUAUCGAAACUGGUUUAAAACAUCGCACAGUUCAAAGAGAUCCAAUUACCGGUCUUGGAGCAUUACCAAAAGAACAUGUUGAACUUGGACGUACAAGAAAUGCUUCAACUGGUAGACCGGCUUUCAACACAACAUUAAUUGCAUGGGAUAUAGAUAAUGCAACAGUAUGUAAGAAUAAUGGACAUACAACUAAGAAGAGUAAACAACCAACACGUAAUCCAAUCGCUUUAACUGGUGAUCUUGGUGAUGAAGUUGAUAGAUUGCGUACAACUAAUGGUUCACGUAGUGGAACUCCUCGAGAACCACAACGUGAUCCCAUUUCUGGGAGAGGAAAUUUUGGUGAUCGUGAAUGGGAUCCAAUUGGUAGAUAUAAUGGAAAAACUAGACGAGCCAAAAGUUCUACUGGUAUUAGAACUAAUCCAUUAACUGGUGAAAAUGUGAAAACUUUCACUGUCAUGGCAGAGGAAAGAUGUACAAAUAAAGAAAAUGGUGUGUGCAAACGAAAUGUUUCUACGAAGAAUAUUUUCACUGGAGAAAAUUGUGAGAAUUACACAGUUUCACCUGAAUUGAAAUCUCCUAUUAAACGUGUACAACGAGAACCUUCACGUAACGCUAUAACUGGUGAGAAUUGUGCAACAUAUGAUUAUAAUUCUGAAGUUAAAAUAUCAAAAAAGCGAACGCCAGUCAAAAUUUCAAAUCCAUUGAAUGGUGAGAAUGUUAGCGCUUUUAUGGUAUCGCAAGAAGAAAGACCACGUACAGCUAAACCUUAUGUAUACAGGAAUACAGUGACUGGUGAAAAUCUUCAAAGUUACAAAAUAACACCAAUUGAAAGAAAUGUUACACCUAGAGUGGUUAAAGAUCGACAAAAUCCAUUAAGUGGAGACAAUGUUGAAAGUUACACUUAUCGUUUAGGGGAAUCUAAAAGGACUGUCAAAAAAAGAGAUCUUAGUUCACCAUUAACUGGAGAUGGUUCACGUGGUCGUUCAUAUACUAUAUCUAUUGAAGAAAAACAUUUAUCCCAACCAAAUUUAAAUAUAAAUAAACAUGAUUCAACACAUCAUACAUUAUCAUCAAAAUCUCUUCGAAAUAUAUUAACAGGUGAAAAUUGUAUUACAUAUAAUGUAUGUCAAGAAAUGAGAAGUGAAAAAGUUGACAGUACGACAGUGAUGAUGAAUGGGAAUACGCAUAAAAAGUCUUCCUACAAUAUUAUAACUGGUAGUGAAAAUGAAUAAAGAACCCAUCCCACCCCAUCUUACCCCCCUGCCAAAAAAGAAACGGAAUAGAAUAGCAAAUAAUAGAAGCCUCAACAACAGCAUGGAAUAUUCUAUGAAUGUCAAUAAAAUGUCUGAUCAGCUGAUUAUAAGACAACUAUACAAUAGAAAGUAUUCAACACAAUCAAGUUUGCUUGUUUAUCUCUUACAUAAUAAACUAAGCAAUGUAUGCUAAUGCAUUUUAUGAUUAAAUCUAUACUUUAAUGCUUAGUUAGCUAAUACAGUUUUUGUGCUUAUCAAAUUAUAGACAUUUAAUCAGUUGAUUAUAUUUCUUUUAAGUAAUAUAUUCAUCAAUUGUAUGACGUCAUCACUAUUGCCUUCCGCUUCAUCCUCAUCCUCAUCCUCAUCAUCCUGAUCAACAACAUCAUCAUCACCAUGGUUAUCAUUCUCAUCAGUCAUUCAUAUGGUCACUGACUAUAUCUUCUAAUAAAAAAAUAACAUAACCCCCCUUCAUUCAAUAGUGCACCAUGUGCUUUUCUUUUCUUUUUUUCUUCUCGUUGUUUUUUUUUACUAUUUCAUAAUGUUUCUAUCUUGAAUUUGAUAAUAAUAACAAAUGUAAUUAUCAGCAUUUUGUAUUUCUACCAUCCCAUCCCACCCCUACCCCCACCCCCACCCCCUCACACAUCCACACAUAUAUACAAACACACACUUUAUGUGUCUUAUUGCUUUCAUUUCAUUAAACCUAUUUGAUUAUAUAAUUUUUCGUAUUCAAGUUGAUUUAUAGUUUGCUUUCAAUGCUAUUAUAUCUAUGAUUAUGAACUGUCUAUUUGUUUAAUUAAAUCAUCACAUGUGCUUCAAUGAACAAGAAGAAGGAGAAGAAGUAAUAACGUUGAAGAUGAUGUAAUAUGAUAUUUCAUGACAAUAAUAUAGUGAAUGUUAUGUAAUGU